UGAUGUGUCGUUCAUUCAUACAGUCAUUAUAUUAUGACCAAGUGGCGCAUUUUCAUGAUGUGAACUAGAACUAUUUCAAAUAGCCGGUCUGUAAACCCAUUUAUUUUUCAAUUCCCUUGUCUAGACGUGAAAUUAGUUCACAACAAAGCGAUUAUCAGUUAGGGCUGUUAAAAACCGUCAAAAUUUUCACAUUUUUAAACAACUUUAUUUAGUUAGAUAAUCAGUUUUUAGCUUAUUUUAUUAGACUUAAUGAUUUGUCAAAAUUCGCGUGAAAAUAAACUCACUUUUGACUUUUCACUGACUGACUAUCAAUUCCAUACUGCCAAACCGAAAAAAAAUAUAAAAUUAUUUGAAAAAAUUGACUGAUUACACUUGAAACUAAACAAGAUACCGACUGUGACUGUUAUUAACUUUCAGCACAAAUUUAUUACUCACAUAUAUUUUUAACGCUGUUGCCAAAUAUCAAUUUAUCUUGACUUUUCCCAAAAAUGGAUUCAAGUACAGACGAGCAAUUCCGAACAGCUGAAUCGAAAAUCCUCUCUUCGUUUGCAGCAUAUUCUACCUCGUCGACCGAAGUCGCGACACCGACUAAUUCUCCGACUCUCAUCGACGAUGAAUUUGAAAACGAAGAUUGUGAAUGCGACCUUGGACUCGGACGACGAAAAAUUGACUUUGACGACGGCGAUUCGCAGAAACCUGAACAUACUUCGGGUGAAUAUUUGCUGCACAAUGCUCUACACUCGGCAGAUUUGACCAAGUAUGGAAGUUUUGCCAAGCCAAUGCGACUGAUGACGUCAAAGCGUCCAACUUUAUGCACCGAGAGUGCUGAGACUAGUCGUGAUUCUUUUGACGAAUCAAAACAACAUGAGCUCCAAGUGAAUUCUUCAGCAAUUGGUGGCUCGUUGCAUGAACAGAAAAUUAUUUGCAGAAAAGAUGUGGAAAAUGUUUUCAUUCACAAGAUUCUGGAGGAAAUUCAAAACGAUGAUUCGUCUUUUGGAUCUAAAGUGCUGCAAUACAUAGGAGACGAGAGCCAAAAGAAACAGACAAGUUUGCUGCUGAUCAAGAAAAAAUUCCUGGACGCUGUUACUGAGGUUGAGCGUCUGAAAAACGAUCUGAGUGCCAGGUGUCGCCAGCUGGACAGCAAACACGACGCCAUCCAGAUCCUGCAGACACAGCUGGACCAGGCCUACAGGGCACACCAACUGGAGUACGACGCCUGCAAGAGUCUGGACACCAACUGCAAAAAACUGGAGAAGGAGUUGGAUGAGGUGAGGUGGGAGUGGGAGGUGCGGGACUACCAGGUGGGCCAGAGUCAGGACAGCUGGCGGGACAGACUGGAGAUAGUGGAGAGGGAGAACAGACAGCUGCACUCUGCACUCCAGAGGACACAGGCAGAGUUGAAGAGUGUACAGAGAGAGAACACAGUUAUGAGUCAAGAGAAACAAGAGCUACUCCUGCUGAUGCAACUGAGUCAGGACGAGAGACAUGCAUCCUCGCUAGCCGAGAGCGACACCUACCACGACCUCUCAGCUCCCGAGAUGUCAGUGCUCGGCUCAUGUAGUUGUGGCGAUCAGGGCAGCAGAAGCAACUGUGAGACCGGGGCAACUGUGACUCUGGUCCACCCAUGUAGAUGUGCAUGGUCUCUGGUCAACAGCCGGAGAGAGAUCAAGCAUCUCAAAUCCAGGGUGAAGGAUUUGAGUGAGAAGCACGUGAACAGUCUGAAGAUAGGCGACCUCUACAGACGUGCAUUUGAGGACCAGCUGGAGAAGAACAGACGAAUAUUCGCAGCCAUAGUCCACCACCAGUUCAAAGCGGACCACAAUGCAGGAAACUUGCUGCUUGAGAGUUGCACAAACCCAAAAGAAGACCCAAAAAGCGAUCAGCCGGGCGGCGAUCAAAACUACAUGCUCAACAUAAUCGACAUGUUACGUGACAGGACUGAAGAAUUGUUCCAUAAGCGACUCUCGGCUCAGUUUUUGGCAGACAAAAUCUACCAGCUGGAGGCGGAACUAAAAGUAAUGAAGGAUCUACAGAGACAGAGUGGACAUCCAGACAACAAUACCUCUGUCACCCCAAAGCCACCAACUGGUGCUAGUGAUUGCCAACAAACGUGUCCCGAAAGCACCGAGCACUCACCGCCACAACAGAAAAAGGAGGAAACUGCAAAUAUGACAGACUCGUCUGACUUUGGUUCCAUUUUUGUCGCCGAUUUAAAUUAACUGAAGAAAAUUAUUUAAAAAUUUAAAAAAUGUAUAGGUAUAAAAGGUUUGAAAUACAA